AUGGAAAAGAUUUUGCAGUGGUCUAUCGCUGCCAACUCGGGCGACCAAGAAACGUUGGAAAAGCUUGGCCAGCCGGACCCGGAACAGAUGGCCAGACUCUUUGGUGCCGCUGGCCCAGAUGAGCCUACCUUGAUGAAGCAGAACAUGACGGUGAUGCUCCACCCGGAAGCCACCUUGGAAAACAAGGAAGUUGCCUUUGACAACUUUGAAAUGUUGAUUGAAAAUUUGGAUAAUGCCAACAACAUCGAAAACAUGAAGUUGUGGCCGUCUGUUAUCAGCCAAUUAACCAACGAAGAACCGUCCUUGAGGAGAUACGCCGCCUCCAUCGUUGGGACUGCCGUCCAGAACAAUCCCGACUGCCAAAACAACUACAUCAAGCACGACAACGCUCUUACAGGCUUGCUCAAGCUCGCUUCGGAGGAGGAGAAGGACACCUCCGUGAGACUCAAGGGGUUGUACGCGCUCUCUUCGCUCGUCAGAAACAACGAGGCCAUCAUCGGCAAGUUUUCCGAGGCCAAGGGCUGGGCUGUCGUUAGUCCGAUUUUGAACUCCAGCGAGUUAAAGGAUAACGUCAAGUUGCGUGCUUUAUCGUUGUUGUCUGCGUUGCUCUCGCUCAAGGUUGACGAGGAGGCGAUCAGGGAGAUCCAGGAUGGCGAGUUCAUCAAGCACAUUACCAGCUUCAUUACCCCAGACGGUCACAUGGGCUGUCUUGACAAGUCGUUGAACUUGAUCAGUCUCUUGGCCUCCUACAAAUACCCAUUCCUGGCUACCGAGGUUGCUGCGGUCACCAGAGCUUUCAAGGGCAUCGAAGGCAUGAAGGACCAAUUAUCCGAGGAUGACUACCAGAACGUCAAGCAAGUAACUCUUUAA